GGUUGACCGUCACAUUCAGGGCGCUGAACUGAAGUUCGCUGAUUUGGCAUCUUGAGUGCAAACAACAUGGAGCAGAGCACAUUGGACAACGACAAUCCUGAUGAGCACUUUUCGGAUAUUAUUGAGAUGGACCUGGACGGAUCUUGUAGCUCCAGCACCUUGUCUGGGCGUCCGCCAAAGAAAAAGAAAAAGACCGACAUUUCGUGGCUGGCAGAGAUCGCCCAGGAGCGUCUCGAACAACAAAAGGACCACCACAGAAAGAUGGAGGAGCACGACGUUAGGCAGGAGAAGAUGGUGCAGGACUUGAUCAGCAUCCAAACAAAAUUCCAGAACGACUUAUUAGAAGUUUUAAAAAAUAAAAAUAAAUAAGUUUUUAAUUUUCAUUACGGUCUACACAAUAUUUUGCGAUUGCAGAUCGUAUCUGUUCUGCUGACUGAUUAAAGUCAGCAGAACUGUUGCUGGUAUCGGGCUGUUCGCGCUGCUCAUUUGUUGCAAGCUCCCAAUUUUCAUUAAUCGCGCUGUUGUGCAUAUUUAAUAUAUUGUGUAAAAUACAACAGCUCAUUAUUA